CUCCCAGCUCCCGCAGAAACCCUAACCCUAGAUCCCCGGCCAUGGAUCUCCUCCAGUCCUCGUACGCGCCGGACGACGCCUCCUCGCCGGAGGAGUCGGCGGCUGCUUCCUCGCCGGACUCCUCCCCGCUCCGCCUCCCCUCCAAGUCCGCCGCCCCCGCCGUCGACGACACCGCGCUCGCGCUCUCUGCCGCCGCCUCCGCGUCCCGCCCGCUCGACCCCUCGCUCCACCUCGUCGCCUUCAACCCCACCGCCGACCAGCUCUGGGCGCCCAUCGUCGGGCCACAACACCCCCACGCCCCCAUCUCCUCCGCCUCCGGCAACCGCAACCACAAGCUCGGCCACGUCGAGGACGCCGCGGUGCUGCCCUUCCUCUUCGACGAGCAGUACAACACCUUCCACAGGUUCGGCUACGCCGCCGAUCCCUCUGGCCUCCACAUCGUCGGCGACGCGCAGCCGCAGUCGCCCGAGCCCGACACCGUCUACAACCUCGCCCCUUCCGAGCACAAGCGCCGCCGCCUCCAGGCCAAGGCGGACAACCAGGAGGAGCCACUGCCCCCCGAGGCCAAAAACCCCGCAUCCGAGGAGUGGAUCCUCCACAACAAGCAGAGCCCCUGGGCGGGCAAGAAGGAAGCGCCGCCCGCUGAGCUCACCGAGGAGCAGAAGCAGUAUGCCGAGGCCCACGCAGCCAAGAAGGCCGAGAAGGAGGCUCGCGGCGAAGGGAAGGGCGAGAGGGCAGAGGUGGUGGUCAAGAGCACCUUCCACGGGAAGGAGGAGAGAGACUACCAGGGACGGUCCUGGAUCACACCGCCCAAGGAUGCCAAGGCCACCAACGACCACUGCUACAUUCCCAAGAGGUGUGUGCAUGAGUGGGUUGGCCACACCAAGGGGGUUUCAGCCAUCAGAUUUUUCCCCAAGUAUGGGCAUCUGCUACUGUCUGCGAGUAUGGAUUGUAAGAUUAAGAUCUGGGACGUGCUUGGGUCGCGGACAUGUAUGCGCACAUAUAUGGGUCACUCAAAGGCUGUAAGGGAUAUAUCCUUCUCCAAUGAUGGGACCAAAUUCUUGAGUGCUGGGUAUGACAGGAAUAUACAGUACUGGGAUACUGAGACAGGGCAGGUGAUCUCUACCUUCUCAACUGGGAAGGUCCCAUAUGUUGUGAAGCUGAAUCCUGAUGAGGAUAAACAGCAUAUUCUCCUUGCUGGAAUGAGCGACAAGAAGAUUGUGCAAUGGGAUAUGAAAUCAGGGCAGAUCACACAAGAGUACGACCAGCAUUUAGGAGCUGUGAACACCAUAACUUUUGUCGAUAACAACAGGAGGUUUGUCACGUCGAGUGAUGACAAAUCUCUUCGUGUCUGGGAGUUUGGCAUCCCUGUGGUGAUCAAGUAUAUAAGUGAGGCGCACAUGCACUCAAUGCCAUCAAUUGCCCUGCACCCAAACUCCAACUGGCUGGCAGCACAGAGCUUGGACAAUCAAAUAUUGAUAUACAGCACCAAGGAAAGGUUCCAGCUCAAUAAGAAGAAGCGAUUUGCUGGCCACAUUGUAGCAGGUUAUGCUUGUCAGGUGAACUUCUCACCUGAUGGGAGAUUUGUGAUGUCAGGUGAUGGUGAAGGUAGUUGCUGGUUCUGGGAUUGGAAAAGCUGCAGGAGGUUUAAGACAUUGAAGUGCCACAACGGGGUUUGCAUUGGAUGCGAGUGGCAUCCAUUGGAAACUAGCAAGGUUGCGACAUGCGGAUGGGAUGGUGUAAUUAAAUACUGGUAA